AUCAACGAAAAGUUAACUGCAGUUUACAGUUUGCUUUUACUUAGGGGGUUAGUGUACUUGUUAAUGUUGUAACAGUAAUAUAGUCACAAAAUUUCAGUAAUCACUUAGCGCCGGAAUAACAAAUCUAUAACAUGUUCAGAAUCGGUAGUAAGAAGAGUAUGAACAAGGAUUACACCUGCACCAUCAGGCUUAUAGAUGAUAACGAAGUUAUUCAGUGCGAGUUUCGGCGAGACCAUAAAGGCCAGUAUCUCUUGGAUUAUGUGUGUGAAUCUUUGAAUCUGGUUGAAAAAGACUAUUUUGGACUUCGCUAUGUAGAUCACAACAAGCAACGACACUGGCUCGAUACAGGACGGUCUAUCCUGAAACAAGUAAAAGGUUUGCAACCAAUUAUUUUUUGUUUCCGAGUCAAAUUUUAUUCUCCAGAACCUCACCAAAUGAAGGAAGAGAUCACACGAUACCAGAUUUUUCUCCAGCUUCGUCGGGAUCUUCUUCAUGGAAGGCUUUAUUGUUCUCAAGCUGAUGCUGCCUUCUUGGGUGCUUAUAUUGUUCAAUGUAAGUACCAGAUCAACAUCUCUCUCUCUUGUGAACUCUUUGUUCUAGCUAUACUUACGAUGUUAUUUUACCAUGAAUGA